UUCAAAUUUGAUCAAUGUGGUGGAAACAGGAAAACUCAAAAUGCGAUGCCAGCUUGCCAUAGACGACAGGAAAUAGCAAAAAUAGGAAAAGCGGUCCUUAUUUUUCCCACCCUUUGAAUCCCUUCUCCUCUGUUUUCACAAAACCAUCUCCGAAAAUUUUAUUAUUACUAUCACUUCAAAUCAACCAAUAAUCCUCACUCCUGAAUUAUGCCCUUUUCCAUGAUUGAUGCAAAUUUCUGGUUUAUUUAUUGAUGUAAUUCUAAAGUUUAAAUGUGGGUUUUUCCUCCUCCUUUUUUCUUAAGGUAAUUUACAAGUUGAUUAAAUAGGAGAUACUCAUUGAAACUGUGAUAGAAAGGAUCAAUACAGAUCAUUUUGGGAAUGGCUUGUCGAGGAUGCUUAGAGUGCUUGUUGAAGCUCUUGAACUUUUUGAUGACUCUUGCUGGUUUGGCAAUGGUUGGAUACGGGAUCUAUUUGUUUGUUGAGUACAAAAAUGCUGCCGAUACUGCAAUGCUUUUGUCACCUGUUGGUAGUGAUCAAGAUUUGAUACAGUUUCGUCGCCCCAUGCUCAUGGCUGUGUCUCUUUCGUCUAGUAUUUUUGAUAAUCUGCCAAAAGCAUGGUUUAUAUAUUUAUUUAUUGGAGUAGGGGCGGUUCUCUUUGUUAUCUCUUGUUUUGGUUGUAUUGGAGCUGCAACACGGAAUUUAUGCUGCUUGACUUGUUAUUCAGUUUUGGUGAUCUUGCUGAUCUUGGUGGAGCUGGGAUGUGCAGCUUUCAUAUUCUUUGACAAAAACUGGAAAGAUGAACUUCCUACUGAUAAAACUGGAGAUUUUGAUAUGAUAUACGACUUUCUGGAAGAAAACUGGACUAUUAUCAAGUGGGCUGCUCUUGGAAUUGUUAUAUUAGAGGCUCUUAUUUUCUUGUUAGCCCUUUUGGUUAGGGCCGCCAACAGACCUGCUGAUUAUGACAGUGAUGACGAGUUUAUUGCACCAAGGCCACAAAUCAGACAGCCUUUGAUCAACAGGCCACCAGCUCCAGCUGCAGGUGUACCUGUUGUUCCCACCCUUGAGCAACGGCCCAGCAGAAAUGAUGCUUGGAGUACACGUAUGAGGGAAAAGUAUGGGCUGGAUACAUCGGAGUUCACCUACAACCCCUCGGAGUCAAACAGGUAUCAGCCGGUGGCCCCACAACCAGCAGAAGAAAGGAGCCGAUGCACCAUUAUGUGAUUAUAUUUCUGGGUUUCAUGUAAAUCUUAUUUGGUUGGCUUCUGAAGAAGAUUGCAUUGACGAUGGAGUGACAGGUUCAGAUUUCUAAGAUGACAGUUGUGUUUCUUGUUCCUUGUGGAGUUUGUGUACAAUACACAAUUUUCAGGAGCUUCACUGUUCCCUUACUUCGUUGGUUUCCUUAAGAGAACAAAUUACAAGUGUCUUCCAAAUGCUUAACCAUUUUGUGUGUAAAAUUUCUGCCCUUAUUUUCUUUUUGUUUGCUCAAUGAAAGGUUUAAAACUUGGUAUUUUUGUAUUGCCCGAGUGAAAAAUCAUCUGUGGGCAAUGGCAAAUGGGACUGUUUAAUCUGAACUGGCAACUAGUCAUGAAUAACAGAUUGGAUUUUAAAUGAUAAA